GGAGGGAAUAGGGCGGGUGGGCGCCAGCGGCGCACGGCGGGACCCACGGAGCCCCGCGACCCGCCGAGCCUGGAGCCGGGCCGGGCCGGGGAAGCCGGCCCCAGCCCGGAGCAAACUUCGCCGCCGGGCGGGGGGUGGCGGGGACCCCGUCCGGAGCCCGAGGAGGGAGCGGCUGCGGGCCCUCCCGCCUCUGCUCCCGCGUCUCCCGGCACCAUGCUGUCCAACUCCCAGGGCCAGACCCCGCCGGUGCUGUUCCCCAACCCGCCGCCGCCGCCGCCGCCGCAGCCCCCCGCCCCGGCCCAGCUGCCGACGCAGAUCCCGCAGCAGUUUCCCCAGUUCCACGUCAGGUCGAGCCUGCAGAUCAAGAAGAACGCCAUCAUCGACGACUACAAGGUCACCACCCAGGUCCUGGGGCUGGGCAUCAACGGGAAAGUUUUACAGAUCUUCAACAAGAGGACCCAGGAGAAAUUCGCCCUAAAAAUGCUUCAGGACUGCCCCAAGGCCCGGCGUGAGGUGGAGCUGCACUGGCGGGCCUCCCAGUGCCCGCACAUCGUGCGGAUCGUGGAUGUUUAUGAGAAUCUCUAUGCCGGGAGGAAGUGCCUGCUGAUCGUCAUGGAGUGUUUGGAUGGCGGAGAACUGUUUAGCCGAAUCCAGGACCGAGGAGACCAAGCGUUCACAGAAAGAGAAGCAUCAGAAAUCAUGAAGAGCAUUGGUGAGGCCAUCCAGUAUUUGCACUCAAUCAACAUUGCUCAUCGGGAUGUCAAGCCCGAGAAUCUCUUAUACACCUCUAAAAGGCCCAACGCCAUUCUGAAACUCACUGAUUUUGGCUUUGCCAAGGAAACCACCAGCCACAACUCGUUGACCACUCCUUGCUAUACACCGUACUACGUGGCUCCAGAAGUGCUGGGCCCAGAGAAGUAUGACAAGUCCUGUGACAUGUGGUCCUUGGGUGUCAUCAUGUACAUCCUGCUGUGUGGGUACCCGCCCUUCUACUCCAACCAUGGCCUCGCCAUCUCUCCGGGCAUGAAGACUCGCAUCCGGAUGGGCCAGUAUGAGUUUCCCAACCCAGAAUGGUCAGAAGUGUCAGAGGAAGUGAAGAUGCUCAUCCGGAACCUGCUGAAAACAGAGCCCACUCAGAGAAUGACCAUCACAGAGUUUAUGAACCACCCCUGGAUCAUGCAAUCAACAAAGGUCCCUCAAACCCCACUGCACACCAGCCGGGUCCUGAAGGAGGAUAAGGAGCGGUGGGAAGAUGUCAAGGAGGAGAUGACCAGUGCCUUGGCCACAAUGCGUGUCGACUAUGAGCAGAUCAAGAUAAAAAAGAUUGAAGACGCAUCCAACCCUCUGCUUCUGAAGAGGCGGAAGAAAGCUCGGGCCAUCGAGGCCGCGGCCCUUGCUCACUGAGUCCCUUAGCCCAUCCUGCUCCACUGGAGGACAAGCAAUAACUCUCGACCUGGAUUUAUUUUUUAAAUGAAGAGACACGGAGCUGUCCGCUGCUGCCUCCCCUCCUCAGCUGCAUGGAACCCGGAGCCUUGUGAGAGGCUAAAUUCUGCCUUUGAUUCUGGCCACCCCAGAGAGGGAGAGGCUGGGAGGUCGGGAGGGCAUGGAGAGAAGGGAGCAAGAUGCUCUUGAACCUGUGCUCAUUUUGCAGUUUUAUCAGUAAUUUGACUUAGAAUUUUUAUGAAACUUCUUUUGUUCUUCCCCCACUCCUCCUCUCUUUCCCAACCCCCUUCCUCUUGUUAAAAGGUGUUUGUGGAAACUGUUAUUGGGAGUG